UUUCAAUUUAUUACCAAUUUAAAGUUAUUUGCUCAAAUAUCUUUUUUUUUCAUAAUAGUGCUUAUAAAUAUAGUAAUUAUACUUGCAACCCCACAACGAGAAAAGUACAGCAAUUUUGAAAAUCAGUAUUCUGGCCAUUUCUGACUCGUAUUAUCAACUGUUUUAAAUAUGAAAUAUCCAGUUGUAUAUUAUGGAAAAAAUGUGUUUGUUCAUCUAUUGAAAUAUUUCAGAUAUUUUCAUGCUAGUGUUGUUUUUUGUACAUACCGUAAAUAUUCUCUUAAAUUAUGCUUUUAAAUAGGCAUCAAUUAUGUUUGUGAGGUAUUUCCUUAUGUUAGAGUAACUUUUGUCAGUCAGUAGUUUAUUUUUCACCAAAAUGAAAAUGCACUCACAGUGAACAUACACUUAAAGAAAGUUGAAAAUGACAUUUCAUAUUGAAAGGUGACGCGAACAACCAAAGUUGGUUAUCGAGCAGCGACACCUGUGAUAAGAGUCUAACUUUGAUACAAGUUCAAUAGAAAUAAGACGAACAAUAUAUAUAUAAAUUAAUAUAUCAAAUAUUAAAGUCCAAAAACCAAAUUUGUUGUCAUUUUAUUUACUUUUAGUUUUUUACUAUUUGUUAUGGACAUCACUGGUAACCAGACAAGAUGCUGCCUUAGAUGGUAUUCCCAUUACCCGGCAUAAAUAUCCAAAUCCUUUCAUUUUGCUACUUUGUUAACUGAGCAAUGUUAGUUCAUCGUUUCCCAAGAUCUUUUAGGUUCGACAUUACCUAUCCAAUUUAUAAGCUGAAAAUUACGGCUGUCGUGUAUUUUGGUCUAAUUUGGUAUCCUUCAGUCUCCUCCACUUCCGAAAAUUAAUGAAGCCUGACUUGUUAGAAUAUCUGAUUGUUAUCCAGGAGAAACCAAUGCUGCUAUUUCAUGCUUCAUAGAUUAGCACCAAAGUAAAAUUGUUCUAAAUCUAGUUGUUUAUGUUUAUUAUUUCAUUUAAUCAUUGUUCUUAUACUACUAUGUCUCAUAAUCAAUAUUUUAUUGUUAAUAUUUUAAUUCAGCUUUAAAUUAAAGUUUAUCGAAAAAUCUAGUUUUAAAUUCUAUACAAAGGACGAAGAAUUAAUACAUUGCUGUGCAAAUUAAAAUCUGCCUGUACUUCGCAAAGAGAAAAUUUAUUAUUUCUGAAUUGGAUAAAAGUGCCAGAUUUUGCUCAUUUUGACGAUAUAAAUCAACUAAUAUGACUGAUUUACGGAUCGUCCUAAACCUUCCGAACGAGGAUAUGGAGGUGGACAUGGACGAGAACUUUGACGACCAAGAAGAUGACAAUAAUGAAGGUGACCAGCACGGUCAAAUGUCAUUUAGCACAAUUGGUAGCGGAAUUAUGGCUUUUAACGAUUCUUCAAUUCCGUCACCACUCGAUGUCACUACACCUGAAGAGCUUUUGACACCGUUAGCAAGAUUGAGAUGUUUCGCUGUUAGUGACAAUAUAUUUAAUCGUAGAAUGAUUGCUCACGAUGCUUGUAAUGUUUUUGAAGCCGUGCAAAAUAACGAGAAUGAUUUUGAAUCUGCUAUUCAGUGUUAUCUCAAGCUUUCAGAAGAUUUAGAACCGUCAGUUCGAGUCGAACUCAUGGAACAACUUGCUGAGAUAACAGAAAUAUUUCAUACAAGAUUGCUAGACAGUGCUGUGGUGCCUAUUUUACUCCGAUACCUCACUGACGUGAAUAAUCAAGUCCGCAAAACCUGCCAUAGUGUUUUAGUAGACAUAACAAAAGCUGGAUAUUUAAAAGUUGGUCAGUUUGAAAAUGAAAUUUUACCGUUGCUAAAGGAUCUCACUUCACGUAAACAGGCCCCUGACGAAUACCGUACAGAAGCUAUCGCCCUCGUGUGUCAAAUUUGUGAAUCCUUCGGCUCAGAAUUCGCAAAAGAAUAUUUUUUGCCAAUAUUUUUGGAUUCUUGUUCUGAUGACACUAUAUUUCAUGUCCGUAAAGUUUGUGCCGCCAAUUUUUCAGCAUUUUGUGACAUUCUCGAUGAUGCACUUAUCAACAAAGAUCUUCUGCCACGAUUUAUCGGUUUAUGCAAAGACAAUGUAUGGGGGGUGAGAAAAUCUUGCGCAGAGAGUUUCCCUGACUUUGCUAAACACAUGUCUGAAGAAGUUCGUAUCAACACGCUCUCUCCAUUGUACAGUGGUCUUCUAUCAGACCAAUCUAGAUGGGUCCGCGUCGCAGCUUUCGAGUCUCUCGGACCUUUUAUAUCUACGUUUGCUGACAGCAAAUCGGCGAGUGAUAAUUUUAAUCAAGCGGCAACAGGUGUGCCUGAUUAUAAAAUCACUGAUGAUGAAUUGAAAUAUGAUUUUGAUUCCUUCCUUUACUGGCGUGACCCGAUACCACCCGUCACUUUCGAAGAAGAUUUUGAUGAUGUCACUCCGAUGGAUCAAAACGAGGAAACAGACGAAAUUCAGUCUCAAGUUUACGUGAAUAGUUCUAAUCCCACCCACCAAAACGAGGAGGAUAAGCCGGAUGAACAAUUAGAGCAAAAAGAAACAAGUAAGCAGCUGAAAGUUCAAACUGCAGUUGAACAACAGGAUGAUGACGUUUAUUCACCGACCAAAGAUGAUGUUUUGAAAUCGAUUGAGUUUUCAGCGGAAAAAGAAAACAUGCCGAUUCAUUUUGAUAUUAAUUUGGAUAAAGCCGAAAACGAGAACGCUGAGUCAGCAGAAAUAAAGGAUGAUAAACAAGAAGAAGAAUAUGAUGACCUUAACGCCGUUCCUUCGAUAAAUUUAACAACAACAAAUGGAAAUGUCGAAGUAUUUACAGAUGAUUCUGGAUUGGAGAAAACCACAGAAGAAGUAAUUCCAAAUGACGAUUCUGAUUUAGCAAAAGGAGACUCGACAGAAAGUUCCAUUACAGAAGAGACCAAAGAGCAAACUGAAACCGUCACAGAGAAAACGCCCUCGGCUACAGAAAACGGAAAUCAAGAAAGCAGCGAUGACAGUGAUGAUGAAUACUAUGAUGAAAACGAGCCACGAAAUUGGCAAAGUCCGAGUUUACAGGAAUACCCAGAUUUGUAUGAAACGGAAUCAAGUGAUAAUAUGGAAAUCAAUUAUCGAAUGUUCAGUACGCUUAAUGAUAUCAACUACACUCGUGAUUUUGCCGAUCGUAUUUCUGGAUCGGAUCACUAUGCCCAUUUCGAUCCUAUAUCUUCUGUACAUAGUCCCACUUCCAAAGCAUCAAGCCAGCAGUCAGUCAUUCCACAACAGUUGCUUGAUAAUUUCUUAUCAAUGACUGAUCCGUCUAGAAAGCAAACCGUAGACACUGAAAUAACGAUGCACUGUGCUUAUAGUCUUCCUGGUGUCGCGUACACUCUCGGACGAAAUAAUUGGCAUUGUUUGAAAGACGUUUACCAAAAGCUGGCUUCGGACGUACAAUGGAAAGUUCGGAGAACAAUAGCGUCAUCAAUUCAUGAAUUGGCAAAAAUUUUAGGGGAAGAAUUGACAGCGACUGAGUUAGUUCCAGUUUUCAACGGAUUCUUGAAAGAUUUAGACGAUGUUAGAAUCGGAGUGUUGCGCCACCUAGCAGAAUUUUUAAAGCUACUCAAACCUGAAGUCCGUGGAAUAUAUCUUUACCAACUAACGGACUUUCUCACUAUCGAUAACAGCCGUAAUUGGAGAUUCCGCUAUGAGCUGGCAAGACAAUUGUGCUCUCUCACUGAGCUGUAUAACUCUGACGACAUUGUGAAGUAUAUUUGUCCAAUAACGAUGCGUCUGGCCACGGAUAGAGUCGUCGCAGUUCAAGAGGAAGCUGGAGGACUAAUCGGAAGGCUUUUGAACGAACUACAUGAAUCAGGGGAUGAGAGAAAUUUCCAGAUUUUUACGGAGCGAGUUACGUCCGCAUUGGCGAAGAGUACUCGCUGGAAAGAACGGGCAUUAUUCUGCAAAAUAUGCAACCUUAUUCUACGAGAGCUGCUCUUACCGUUCAACAUAUUUUUAAAGUAUUUUUCAACUACAUUGGUCGAGAUGGCACGCGACGGAAUAGUGAAUGUACGAAUAAUCGCAGCCCAAGCUCUCUCGUACGCUGUCCAAACGUUCUGUGAUGAAGGGGAGGGAGAGGAAAUGUGUGCAAUGCUCAAAGAACUUCAAAGUGACAAGGACAGAGAUGUCAAGUUUUUUUCAGCAAUAUCUUGCUGAUUUCAGAACCUGCAUUUUGCAUCUUAAUAUGAAGUUCAAUAUAAGCUCUGUGAUUUGCUUCAGUGAACUUUUGAAGAUCAAUGAAACGUAUCCAAUCAGUGUAUAAAUUAAAACAAUAAUCCUCAAAUACUAGACGCCUCGUCUCUGCAGUAAAAACUAUUUCUCAACUAUUUUAUUUUAAUUGUAAUCAGGGAUAUCCAGAAUUAAUAAAAUCUUGGAUUCUCAAUUUUAAAAUAUUGAAAAAUUGUCGAAAUUUGUUAAAAGUACCGAUUAGUAAAAUCUGACAGGUGAACCAAAAAUAUUUAUGCAGCUCUUGAUUACUUUGAAAUUAGAAAAUCAAUCGUAACAAUGUUCAUCUUGAUUUAUCUACAAUUUCAACUUUAGUCUUAAUUAAAUAUACCUUUGAUUUAUGUGAAUUUCUUUGUUGAGUAUGACCCAUUUUAAAAUCUAUUAGCAAGGUAUUUGGACAUUCCUAGUUCCAAUUUAUCCUAGUUUCAACCAGAAGACUGUCACUGGAACCCUUUCAAAAACUUUUGCAUUAGGGGCAAUUAAGAGGGGGCAUGUCACUUAAUAAAACACUCAAUCUGUAAAAUUUGUCAUAAAUCUGAUUUUGUUAUCAAAAUUGUCAAUUUUUGGGAGAAAGCAGUCAUUUGUAUUAUUUUAGUUAUGAAAUAUUAUUUAAGGAUGGGUUUGAAAUGUAUUUUACCCAAAACCAAUUUUUGGAUAACAUAGCACCAUGCAUUACACUAUAUAUACUGUGAGUAGUCCUAUAUCCUUACUAUAUAAGUCAAUUCUAAUAGCAAAUAGGAGUCCUUAUCUGUCUUUGUUUACUUUAAUGAUGGGGGAAAGAUCCAAAGAUAUUUAUUACUAUUUGAUUUAUUAUUUACUUUCAAGAUUUUGUGAAAUAUCAACCACCAAAUUAUCUGAUCUAAUAUUGAUAUUGUAAUUGGGCUUGCUAUAGGGUCUUAGAGAGGGUGGGACUUAUCUAUCCAAUACAAAGUUAUUCAAAAAUUGAACUUGCUGGCAUUUACAGCAAAAUUUAGCUCUGAAAAGCAAAAUUCUGACGCAGAGUUUUCGUGUUAUUGGUGAAAUUCGGGUUUGGAGAUUUUAUUGCUGUAGUUCAUACAAAUCUAUUUGAUUCAGAAUUAUUUAAAUUCUGGUUUAGCAGAAAAAUUUAAAUUUGGCUUUGAUGAACCCGUAUCUCAGUACUUAUGUCAAAUAUAUCUCUAUUACCACAGUUUGUAACAAUGUCUUCUCUCUGCUUGUCUGACAUAUGCAUGGUGAUGAUCUGUCUUUGUUAAUAUUUAUUUUUGUUUUUAAAUCAAUUUUUGAUUUCUACCAAGUAGUUUUGGAGUAGGUGU